AUGGUCGGUCAAGGUUCGUUCCGCAAGUUGAGUUCUCAUAUCUUCAACGUCAAUGCCUUCAAAUCCUACACCAACGAUGUCUUUUGUCAGGAGGCGAAACUUGUGAUCGACUACCUUUCCACAGCUGCAGAUUCGGGAAAAGUCCUCGAUCUUCAAAAAAUCUUUUACCUGUUCACACUUAGUUCAUUCGGAGAGAUCGCGUUCGACCAAACAUUCGGUUGUCUAAAGAAUCUUGAACAGGAAGUCGAGCUUUCUGUCGCCUUUGACCGCCUCAACAACGCCCUCUCGGAGCGCAUUGUGUCGCCCAUCUGGAAGAUCAGGGACUGGAACCACAACGACCUUAUGCAGCUGUUCAUGGAUGCUCGCGAUGAGAACGACAAGCCUCUUUCAGAUGAGAUUAAUACGAUCCUCGCUGGACACGAUACAACUACUCAGGCGCUUUCGUGGAUGUUUUGUGCUAUGCAUCGCUCGAACGCCUCGCCCGACAUCCUCUUCCAGAUCACAGAGGAGACCGAUAGCAUACUGGAGGGAAAACUACACACAUACGAGAGCAUCAAGCAACAAAAGUGCGCCGAGGCAUUCUUCUUGGAGACACUCCGACUUUACCCAAGUGUCCCUCAGAACUUGAAGCAGAGUGUUCAGGAUGAUGUUCUUCCCGGCGGUGUAUCUGUCUACAAGGGCGAGAGCACUAGAAGCAUGGAGCACGCCCUUGCUUGCGAGAAAGUCUUUGCGAUCCCGGAGCUUCUUGUCCUCAUCCGCGCCCACCUUACGAAACGGGACCUCUCGCGCCUUAUGAGCGUGAGCAAGAACUUCAACGACAUCUUCUUCCCUGUGUUCUACAAUGAUGUCAACCUGUUGAGGUGCUCCUACAUUUUUUCGCGCUAUGUCGCCACCCAGUCCUUGAUCUUGAGCGCACCUCAUAUCCGCAAGGUCACAAUGGACGACGAAUUCCUGGCGAUGUACAGUAAGGGCGUUGUUGCCUUCAUGGACAAUUCUACAACAGCUGUCAACCACAACCGCCUCCACCUGACGCACACGAUACCCCUCCCUCCAAUGGAGUUACUGUCCGGAUUGACAUACGUUCCAUCACCGGGCCCUCAGUUGGAGACCAGGACAAAAUAUCGUCAGAGGGGGAUGAACUUUAUGAGGCUGUGCUGGGCAAUUGAGCUCAGCCCACUCCUCACGCAACUAUCUGCGGGAGAUCUGUUUCUCGGUAACAGCCACGAGCCAGGUGCACUUACCAGGGUGAUUGGAGGACUGGUCCACUUGAGGAAACUCGAGUUGCUCGUGCAGGGCAGCGAGGUAUUGUGGACAAGACUUCUCGUGGGCAUCGCUCGCCAUUGUCCAGCCAUGGUUCAGGAGAUUCGAUUGGCAUGGGCGCGAAAGGACUGCAAUUACCUGAACGUGUUGAAGUUGGACCAGCUGGACACGACCGACGAGGAAGAGUCUCGACUCCCACUGCCACAGGAGCCUCUUCGCUACUUGACCAAGCUGGACCUCGAGGAAGGCUACUACUACCUGUUUCGAGACAUAUAUCCGCUCUUGGCGCGCUGUCCAUACCUGACCACUCUGAGCCCUCCUCCUUGCGGUUAUCCUGAAGAUCGGACCCUCAUAGUGACCUAUGUCUCGCAGCAUUGCCCCAAGUUACGGAGAGUUUAUCGGCGGGCCACGAACAGAGAGGUGAACGGAACGACUACGCUCGGUGCCAUUCUAGGCGCCCUGCCCAGGAACUCUCUGCACCAUCUCUCGGUCAACCACCAGAACCGUUGCGGGUCUAACAUUUGCAGGACAAUCCCCAAUCACUAUGAAUCCUUGAUGUCGAUCAAAUUCCCAGGCUGCGUGGGUCUGGACAGCGCGGUGAUUCUGGGGAUUCUACUGAACUGUCCCAGUGUGGAGGAGUUUGAGGUUCAGGGCUUCGAGGGACAUUUGUGGCAAGUUUCGAUCACUAUGGAGGAUGCUGGCGAGGAACCCUGGGCGUCAGGUAGGAUACGAGUACUGGAAUUGGCGAUUGACAUGGGCGAUAUCAACGAACUCUAUUACCCUAUACCACCGGAGGAGCCCUCAGGAAGACAGAUGGCACGAAUGAAGCAACUGGAGACGUUUUACAAGCGGAUCGCGGCCCAGCAUCGCUUGACCAACCUUUGCCUGAAGAUCGCGCACACGCCUGCAGACCGGACCAGAAAAGCAUCCACCAUAGCUAUUUUGAGUUCCCGUCAAUGCUGGACCUGGAACCUUCUAAGGAUGCACCAAAACAGACAUAUGGAAGACCAAGGAGGGGUGCAUCACUUUCUUCAACAUCGUAUGAAGUCGCGGCCAGUGGGUUCCAGACCCGAUGCGAUGCGCCAUCCUGGAGACAUUCAGGACUCGGAGCUGCUUGAACCCGCCUAUCAGGCUGAGUCCGCUCUCGAGCAAAAACUCCAGACAGUCGUCUCGCUGGAACAAGCGCAGGUCUGGUCCUUCUCGCAGUGGACUCCUAGGGACAACUCCUCCAAGGUCGUAAUCGAGCCCAAGAUCUGA